AUGAAAUUUGCAAAGACAAUUGUUGAUCAAGCCCUAUGUGGCGCAGUAUUGCUUUCCUCAGCGCGAGUCGCGGCGCAGUGUGCCCUACCAUCGAGCUACAGCUGGACAUCAACUGAUGUGCUCGCGGAGCCUAAGUCAGGAUGGGCUUCACUCAAGGACUUCACCAAUGUUGUGUACAACGGUCAGCAUAUCGUCUAUGCAUCAUUCGCCGAUACCUCCGGGAACUACGGAUCAAUGAACUUCGGCCCUUUUAGCGACUGGUCGGAGAUGGCUUCGGCAAGCCAGAACGCCAUGAACCAGGGGACUGUUGCACCCACACUCUUCUACUUUGCACCAAAGGAUGUCUGGAUCCUCGCCUAUCAAUGGGGCCCGACCUCAUUCUCCUACAAGACCUCCAGCGAUCCCACCAACGCUAAUGGCUGGUCCGCGGCUCAACCUCUCUUCUCGGGGACUAUUUCCGACUCCGAUACGGGAGUCAUCGACCAAACUGUCAUUGGUGAUGAUACGAACAUGUAUCUCUUCUUUGCGGGCGACAAUGGCAAGAUCUACCGCGCCAGCAUGCCCAUCGAUAACUUCCCGGGUGACUUUGGUACCGAAUCCGAGAUCAUCCUGAGUGACACGAGAAACAACCUGUUCGAAGCGGUUCAGGUGUACACUGUCGACGGCCAGAACCAGUACUUGAUGAUUGUGGAAGCCAUUGGCGCCAACGGUCGCUACUUCCGCUCCUUUACGGCUGACAGUCUGGACGGUGAGUGGACUGUCCAGGCGGGCGACGAGAGCCAGCCCUUCGCUGGCAAGGCCAACAGUGGCGCCACCUGGACCAACGAUAUCAGUCACGGUGAUCUGGUUCGCAACAACCCCGACCAGACGAUGACUGUGGAUCCUUGCAAUUUGCAGUUGCUCUACCAGGGACAAGAUCCUAAUGCCAGUGGCGAUUACAACCAGCUGCCGUGGAGGCCUGCUGUCCUGACACUGAAGGUGUAA